CAGUGGUUCAUCAAUAAUUUCUCCGCCGCAUCGUCAUCAUCUAAACCCUCCGAAACUCAAUCUCACUGUUACACUACGCGUAUGAGCGUUACUUAUAUGCAGUUGUCUUUAAAAAUGUUCCCACCACAGGGCUGAAAGUCCGACUGAAUCCCCGCUGAAGCCUCGCCCUCCCCGGAGCAGCAUGGGCGGCUUCCCGCUCCCGCUGCUCGCCCUAGUGCUGGCGGCCUGGCCGGCCUGGCCGGCGGGCGGAGACCCGGACACCCCGGCCCAUGUCGACGGAGCCCCGCCUGCUAAGAUAGCGGUGGUCGGAGCGGGGAUCGGCGGCAGUGCUACGGCCCAUUUCCUGCGGCAGCACUUUGGCCCUGAGGUGCAGGUGGACGUGUUUGAGAAGGGCGAGGUCGGGGGCCGUCUGGCCACCAUGACCGUCAAUCACAACGACUACGAGUCUGGAGGAUCCAUCAUUCACUCCCUCAACCUCCACAUGCAGGAGUUUGUCAAACAGCUCGGUUUGAAGUAUCGUCGAAAUGUUGCUGGAAAAACGGCAAUUUUUAACGGGAAAGAUGUGAUUCUGGAGGAGACGGACUGGUACCUGCUGGACCUGUUCCGCCUGUGGUGGCGCUACGGAAUCAGCUUUAUACGCCUGCAGAUGUGGGUGGAGGAGAUUAUGGAAAAAUUUAUGAGGAUCUAUAAGUACCAGGCCCACGGCUAUGCCUUCAGCUCUGUGGAGGAACUCCUGGACUCUCUGGGAGGCAGCGGCUUCAUCAACAUGACCAGGAGGCCGCUCUCCGACUCCCUGCUGGAGCUGGGGGUGUCGCAGCGCUUCAUCGAUGAGGUCAUCGCACCCGUCAUGAGGAUCAACUACGGCCAGAAUGUCAGCAUCCCUGCCUUUGUAGGCGCCGUUUCUUUGGCUGGUGCUCAGAACAACCUGUGGGCGGUUGAAGGAGGCAACAAGCUGGUGUGUUCUGGUCUGCUGAAGAUGGCCAACGCUAACCUGCUGCAGGCUCACGUCAGCUCCAUCUCACCCGUCUCCUCAGGAGAGGCGCUCCAGUAUCAGCUGAACUACACCACGACAGAAGGCAACGGAUCAGAAGUGUACGACAUCGUGGUGUUGGCGACUCCCCUCCAGGCCAGUGUUGAACCUGGACUGCACUUCCAGGGUUUCAGCCCUCCGUUUGACCAGCCGCCCGGCCACUAUCACAGCACCAUAGCAACCAUCGUCCACGGUUACCUCAACACCUCCUUCUUCGGGUUCCCAGACCCGCGCUUGUUCCCGUUUGCCAGUGUUCUGACUACGGACGCCCCCAGUCUGUUCUUCAACAGCGUGGCCAGUGUUUGUCCCGUCAACAUCUCAGCGGGCUUCCGACGUAAGCAGCCCCAGGAGGCCGGGGUCUACAAGGUGUUCUCGCCACAACUGCUGGAGAAGCCGCAGCUCAAAACGCUCUUCAGGUCGUACUACUCGGUGCAGGUGACCGAGUGGCAGGCCUACCCGCACUACGGCAGCAACCAGCGCCUGCCGCCCGUGGAGCUGCAGCCCAACCUCUACUACCUCAACGGGAUCGAGUGGGCCGGCAGCGCCAUGGAGAUGAGCUCGGUGGCUGCCAAGAACAUCGCCCUGCUGGCGUACCACCGCUGGAACAGACAGACGGACAUGCUGGACCAGAGGGAUCUGAUGCACAGGAUCAAGACGGAGCUAUGAUCCUGUCAACUGAAAUAAGUCUGGCCCACCCCAUAAAAAAUGACAUUGCAGGAUCUUGAACAAGAUUUUUGUUAUUUAUUUUUUCUUAAUUUACUUGAUUCCCAAAGGUAAAUAAUUAGCACACAAUUUUACAUCAUUAUUCCAGUAAGGCCAUUAAACACCUGCAGGCGUUUUUGACCUGAAGAUCUUCAUCCAAUUUCCAGCUUCUUAACAUGGAUUUAGAUAUGAACAUGUACUCUAUACGUAAAACUGAUGUAGUUGAAUUGCAGAAUUGCAGGUAAACAUAUUAAUAUAUUAGCAAACAUAAAAGUCAACUAAAGACUGGUUUUGACUACAACCCUUAGAGAUAAUCGGAGCUUUUCACCUGUGUGUGUUCUGGUACCAGAGGUUGGGGUUUCAUUGCUAACUUCCUGGCUUCAUCUAAAAAUCAGGAAACUUUCCUUUUCCAUGGAAAUACAGCUGAGCUGGAAUUUGUGCUUUACCUCUGUACAAAGUUUGUGGACUGUUAGGACGUUCCUUCCUUAGUUGCUGGUGCGGUGAGCAACACUUUAGUUAAUGUGAGCCUAAAUAAGUCUUGCUGUCUGAAUGAGACUUGAGAGGAAUCAGAGCAGUCCCUGGUUUCCGUCUGGCCUGUCACGCGAUCGUACCUGCAGCACUGCUCCGUCUGCGUGUACCGCCAGGACCGCUGACGCACCUGCUACUGGCACCGGCCAAAUCUCGUUAAAGUAGUCUUAGUUGGAUCUUUUGUAAAUUAAUAAAAUCAUUGCGGUGAGUCAUAGCCGUGGCCGGCGUUGCUAUGCUCUAUUGCCCCUUUCAUCAGAAUUUUUCAUUAUCUCCUCUUCCUGCUGCCAUUGUUGCGUAAUCCAGCGGAAAGAAUUUUCUUUCAGGGACUGAAGCCAACCAGCUUUCACAUUGGACUGAGUAGAGCAGAGGACAGAGCUGCUGCUGCUGCUGCUGCUGCUGCUGCUGCUGCUGCUGCUGCUGCUGCUGCUGCUGCUGCUGCUGCUGCUGCUCCUGCUGCUGCUGCUGCUGCUGCUGCUGCUGCUGCUGCUGCUGCUGGUGCUGCUGCUGCUGCUGCUGCUGGUGCUGCUGGUGCUGCUGCUGCAGGUGCUGGUGCUGCUGCUGCAGGUGGUGCUGCUGCUGCUGCAGGUGGUGCUGCUGCUGCAGGUGUUGCUGCUGCUGCAGGUGCUGCAGCUGCUGCUGCAGGUGUUGCUGCUGCUGCAGGUGCUGCUGCUGCUGCUGCAGGUGCUGCUGCAGGUGCUGCUGCUGCUAUCUCGUGUUUCUAGUAAGGAGUAUGGUCUUGUUUAAAAUUGUUUAAAGAGUCAUACUUACUUUAAGAAAUUUCAAGAACAAGAAAUACUGUAUGUUUACACUUUUGUCUUUUUGUUAUUAUCUGAUUUGUUACAAAGGAUUCAGGAGGAGGUGGAUUUCUGUACUUAGACACAUUUUUCUCAGCUGUUAUUUGAAAUGUUUGUGACUGCAAAGUGUUUCAGUUUUUGGGUAAAGCGAUGAUGAUGGUGAUGACGAUGACGACGAUGAUGAUGAUGAUGAUGAUGAUGAUGAUGAUGAUGAGGAGACAUUGCCACAUCUCUUUAACCAUGUGGAUUUGAGGUGCCUCAGAACACGGGGAUUUCUACACCUGUACGUUGCAUCUACUUCUCUUCGGUCCACUUAUUUCCACUGUUUUAAAACCUUGUGGCGCCAUCAGGAAGAUCCAACACCUGAUGUUGGUUUAUUUAAUGUAAAUCCAAAUUAAGGUUUUCAUUCACCAGCACAACAACCAAAUGUUUGUAGCGGUCCCACCUGUAAAUAUCACCAGAACAUAACUUACACAAAUAAAACAGGAUUCAACGUUCCUGCUGUUCCUGCUGUUCCUGCAGCUCUGAGGAGGGACAACAGGGUUUCAACUAGUUUAUAUUUCGGUAUCUAUGUUUUGGGCAUUAUUGAUUCUUACAUUUUCAUGGAUUACUUUGGUUGUUGGUACUUCAUCCGCUGUUUAAAUGAAAGGUUAAAGGAAAGCACCUUUUGGGAGGGUGACGUGAACCUCAAUCUGAACUACUCGCAACUCAGACAGCCAGACAAGCAUGAAGAAAAAUGUACAUUACUGAAUGUUUGUUUUAUAUGUUCAUGGCUAAAUGAGUGACAUUUAUUCUAAAACGGUGGAGAUUUUCAAAUCUUUGUAAUGAUAAAUAGGAGCUUAAAUAUUCCCAACACAUGAUCCACUUUUUCAACUGAAUCUCUGCUGUCUCACAGGUAAUUAACACCAACAGCAAACUGCACUAUUUAUCUGCCAAUUCGGUAACUCAGCAGUUGAACUGUUAUUGACUGCUUAUGGAAUGAGAGAACUGCAAUUGGGAAUUUCUCCAAAACUAUAUGACGUAAAUGUCCACAGACAAGCUGCUUGUACGUUUCCCUCAAUCUGUAUUUAUACUGAUUUAUUUAGAAAUAUUGUCCUAAAAAUGCUUGACUUUUAUCUGUUGAUGUACAGUUAUUUGAAGUUUUUUUUUUUCUUACUGUGGGUAAGAAGAAAUAAAUUUG